AUGUCGAAAGAAGGCACACCAAUGAGCAGCGAUGGCCAUGGUCUGCACUCCCAGAUUGAGGAUGCAGUGCAUAUGAUGUGGACUAACAGGUACCCAGAGGCAGAGGCACUGCUCUCUGUACAUAAGAACAUUCACCCACGUUACGCGUUGGAGUAUGCUAACUGUUUUCUCGUCCAGACACUGAUGAACUCCACAAAUGAAAGCCGUGAAGCACUUCUUGAUUUGUUUAAAUUGGCAGAUUCACGGGCAACCGCUGCAAAAUACAGUGAACCCAUGUUCUUCAUCGAUGAUGACAGCGAUGAUAUUGGUAAUGGGGAUAACAGCAGUGCUGGCGGUCGUAGUAAUGAGUUAAGCUCCAACAGUUCCAUUACGCACACAGGAGGAGCUGAACGAAAAAAGAAGAAGAAGGCAUUUAAGGGUCGACGGAAAGCAGCUGAAAAAGCUGGUGAACACUUUGACGAGAGUUGGCAGUUAGAAUGUGAUGUUGUCUAUGCAGAUGCUUUGUUAAUGCGUUCUGUAUGCCAGCUAAUGAUGAACUCUUAUCUAAAAGGUGGUAUAAAUUUGCGCAGAACGUGGGGUAUAUACCACAGAUUAAUUCAAAUCGUUGAGGCAGAUACUGCUAAUCGAAUUCCCAAUGAGAUCAAAAUGUGCAUUAAAUAUGGGACAGGGACCUUUUACGCGUUUUUAGCUCUUGUUCCAGCCAAUUUGAUGAAGCUUCUUAACGUCAUUGGUUUUAUAUCGGAUAAGGAGCUUGGUGAACAGUACCUCACUGAGGUUUUUGAAAACAAUGGGAUCCGUUCUCCUUUUGCAGCUUUGGUGCUGUGUACACUUUAUCUUUUUCUUCCGACUGGAAUUGGUCGUGUUGAGGAAACACUUCAAAAAGCAAAACAUAUAUUGAAUACAAUGAAUCAAAGAUAUCCAGAAAAUACAUAUUUUCACGGCUAUUCAAACUUUUAUCACAGGAAGAGGGGUGAAACAGCAGAAGCACUAAUUGCUAUAGAGAAAGCUGCAAGAAAUGCAGAGCGUGCCGGUCUUGUACCGUUAUUGAUUCGUUACUUACAUGCUGAUACACUUUUUAUGGACCUCCGCUAUGCUGAGGCAAAGGAAAAGUAUGCAGCACUUCUUAACCAUCUUGGAAAAACGAAGGAAACCUUUGCUUAUACUGGACAAGUUGUUCUUUCACUUGCCGCCUGCUACGUGAUGCUUGGUGAUGAUGUAACAGCAUCGAGUUGGCUCAAAAAGGUAGGUUCUAUGUACAAUCCAAGAUCAAAAAAUGAUGCUAAUUCUCCAAAAUUUGCAGCACGUGUUGUGUCAAAUAACCGUUUACUACCCUUAUGUGGAGUGUACAUGUUGUACAUUAAUCGUGAUCUCGCCCACAUGAAUGUAGAACAGGCAGAACGUGUGCUGAGUGAGUUGAAACGAGUAACCGAAGGAAAAGAUUUGAGUGGACCUGAACCAGAGAAUAUGUAUUUGCUUUUCGUUGGAGUCAUUCAAAAGGGAUGUGAUCGUAUUGAUGAGGCGCUUCAGACAAUGGGAAAAAUUCUUGCCAAUGAAAAGCGUAUUCCAAGUGAUUCUAUGGUAUUGCCAUAUACUUAUUACGAGACUGGUGAGAUGGAGUACCGCCGUGGUAAUUUGGAGAGAGCGAAGGUCCUUUUUACAAAAGGACAGUCUAUUAAAGGUGAUGGGAAUGAGACACUUGCAAAUAGAUACAAUAUUGCCUUAAAGCAGCUAAAACGAGCCAUGAGUGAUAAAAAAUAA